AUGCCCCGCCCAUCCACCAGCACGACUACCACCACCACCACCACGACCACAACCAGCACCUCCUCCGCCUCCCUCUCCGCCGCCCCGGCCCCCACCCGCCGUAAAAGCAAGAGCCCCAACCUCGCCGCAAAUGGCACCCACUCCACCACCGCGGCCAUGUCCCGCACCGCCUCCUCCCGCAGCGGCGGCGGCAGCACGGCCAUGAGCCGCACAACCUCCACAUCCAGCACAGGCAGCUCAUGGGGCGUCCAGUGGCUCAACAGCGUUCUCAACCCGCCCGACGACCCCGCCCCCGCACCCACAAGCAGCAGCAGCACACACCCGCGGCGCCGCGGCCGCCGACGUGACGACGCCUCCCACUCCGCGGCCCAUAAACGGGCCACGUCCCCCGACCCCGACACCGCCGCAGGCAACCAGGAAGGGGAGGAGGGAGAACAGUCAACACUCGUCUACGUCCACACCGUGAAACCCACCGACACGCUCGAGGGCAUCGCAAUAACCUACAACACCACGCGCGACGCCCUCCGCCGCGCAAACGGCAUGUGGGCGCAAGACGGCGUGGGCAGCCGCAAGACGCUCCUCCUACCCGUCGACUCAUGCGGGACCAAGGGUGCCACCGUCUCCGCUCCGCCGCCAGAGGCGGGAGACAAGGUAGGAGAAGAAGAAGAAGAAGGGGAGAGACGCUACAAGCACCACUCCUACGUCACCAUCCCGCACGUCGGCACCGUCCAGAUCGCGCGCCUGCCGCGCAAGAAGCUAUCGCACUUCCCGCCGCGGCGGCGGCGCUCCCACCGCUCGCACACGCGCGGCGUCUCGCCGGGCGGCGACGACUACAGCGCGCACCGCGAGCUGCUCGCGCCGGCUGAUGUGUUCCGCGGGAUGACGGCGGGGGUGGGGGAUCUGCAUCCGCAUACUACCCAUGGGGGGCAUGGGCAUGGGGGGCACACGAAUGAGCAGACGGUGACGAUCGGGCCGACGUUUAAGACGCUCAGCGAGCUGGCGCAGGAUACGGCGGUCGGGCUGGAGAAUGUGGGCAGUGUGGUGGAGGGGUUUGUGAGGAGGUGGACGGUCAAGGCGUCGGAUUUUGUGGGCGGGGAUUUGAUUGAGUUGACGCAGCAGCUCGGGUUUAACGAGGGUGGGGGGCAGGGGAUGGAGAGGAGUCUUAGUGGCAGUGGUGGUGGGGGUGGGGGUGGAAGUGGAGGGGGGAGUGGGAGGUCUACUGGUGGUGGGGUGGAGAGGAGGGUGGUGAGGGAGAGACUCCCGAGGAGGGAGGGGGAGAGGAGGAAGGUCUUGUAG